ACCAGCUGAUUUCUAAAAUGGCGGUAGUGACUACCAAAUGCCCUUCUUUGUUCGUGAAAGUGAAAUGUUGAAAGGAUGAUUGCAAAUUCUAUCUAGCUCUACUAAAGCUUCUAUUUGUGUAAAGUAUGGCUGGUAUAUCAAAACUGGAAGAGGUUUUCGGUGACGACGACAGUUCCAGUUUUUGGACUACCCCUGCCGAUGACAUCUUCCGGUUUUCGAAUCUCUCCCCAAGUCACAUGUCCGUACUUAAAGAGAGCGGACCAUUUGUUGCUGUAGUAUUGUCUUGUUGGGAUAAUGUUUUGGGGCCAAGACUUCAACAUGUGUGGAGAGGAAAUGGAGACACAGAGUCCCAGGUAAAAUUAGAUAUUAGUGAUUCGAUUUUACGAUUGCAUUUUUCCUUAAAAGUCUUGCAGAGAAGUGUGUGUUUUACUAGGAUUUCUUUCUCAAGCCGAUCAGUUCGAAUGUCUUUCGUACCUGUUUGCUGCAUGAAUUAAUGCUAGGAUAAUUGAUAUAAAUCCUGGGAGUUAACCCUGUACUUCCAAGAUCUCAUUAGUAACCCUCCUAGCUGAAUUCUAGACAUCUCUUAUAAUACUAGCUCUAAGAGUUUAGUGUUGGAUCAAAUAAUAAUCCCCAAUUGAGUUUUUUCUUUAUUCUCCUCACUUAUCUGUUUAAAAUUUUGUCGAUACUAUGGAAGAAGAAAUUUAUUAUGGGUCACUUGAGUGAGUGAAAGGGUUAAGUUCUGAUACAUUUUUGUAAAAUUCAACAAUACCCCCCACUUGAUAAUUUUUUCACCCCUGAGACUGGAAGGGUUACAGCUAUGGUAAGUGUUGUAAAUGAUGUUAGUUGCUUGGUGUGGGUACUCAGAGUUACAUUUUAACAAGGUUUCCUUUUUGAACAGGAAAAAAGUGUCAAGUAUGUGAUCGGCCGAACUCUCCAUGGAGAACUCUUACGAGAUGCACCUGAAAAUGUGGUGGACACAAAACUAUAUGUGGUGAAGGAUUAUGGCAUUGUGUGUCAUUCAUUUAUAUUCUCAGGCUGUGACAAGUAUGGCAUCAACAUUUCUGCACUUUCUUUCAUCAUCCCAUUAUCAGAAUUCCAGAAUUACUUGCCAUUAUUGGAGUUAGUGGAAGAACGUGUAAAGAUUCUUAUUGCAAAGUUGAGAGUCUUACAAGCCAAGGUAAUGUUACUUUACUGUUGUCAGAUCUUCAGUAUUAGUUAAGUUUUGAAGUUGGUUGCUAGAGGCAAUGCAGUUGAAUCAAAAACUUGUCCUUAAAAGCAUAAUAAUAAACAUAAUAUUGUGCUAAAUGUCAUUGAAUUAGUUGUUGUGCCUUGCUAUAAAACAAUUCAUUUCAAAUCAGGGUUGUCAUGAAGUUCAGCUGCCUGCAAUAAUCACCUGACAAAAAAGUGGCCAUCUUUGUGUCCUGAAUUUUUGGCUGAUGAUCGCUUAGUAAACCACAUUUGGUACUUCUGAGGUUAUACACUUAUAAUUCGGUUGGAUUUUGAAUGCCUCGAGCUGACUCACUUUCAAUUUCAAACCGCAGACUAGCUUCUCAGCUUCAACACUGCCAAAUGUUCACUAGUCCCAUUUGAAAUAUAUUUUAUUUCAUCAGAGGUAUACCAGCAUAUGUCUCAAGGUUAUAUGCUUCUGAUUUCCUUGUAUUUUACAGAACUUGACAUCUUCCCUGUCAGCAUUCAGCAAGUACCUUCCUCGCUUUAUCCAGACUAUCGCAAGUCUGAAAACAGCAGGCAUCCCUGAUUCUAUUCCAGUGAGUAUGCAGUCUAUUCAUAACAACCUGUAAACAUAAUGUGAGGAUUUUCUGUAUAUAAAAGCAAUCUUUGCGAUAAUGAACACUACUUGAGCAGUAGUGAAAAUAAGGCCUGAAAAAAAUUCAGGUCUGUAUGGGAUUUGAACCCAUGACCACUGUGAUACCAGUGCAGUGCUCUACCAACUGAGCUAACAAGCCAACUGGGAGCUGGUCAUUAUGUUGGUUCCAUAUAAACCUGUAAAAUGAUGAAUAAAUGACUGUGAAUAUAUGAAAAUUGUACAUGUGAACUGUGGAUAAAGAAAAUAAAAAUUGGGCAUGUUUGUCUUUUCUUUUACUAAAAUACACUUACAUGUACAUGUAGUAAGGUUUCCAUAACAAUUUCUUGACUAUCAUCAUACCAUCUGCUGUGUGCAGGGCAUGAAAUUGCACCUAAUACAGGCACCAAUGUGACUAAAUUUUUCUCUUUGGCAACCAAAUCUUGAAAAUUAAUCACCAAAUUGGUGACUAGAAUGCUUCAUCAUAACCUUACCUAGAGAUAUAGUGAGUUAAAAAGAUUUUCAAAAAUAAAUCUGCGGCAAACUUCCUUGUUAAGUUUGUUUCCAAAAUGUGGUACAUGCAUCUCGAUUGAUGACUAGAUGCCAUCUUGGAUUUAGGUAAGCUUAAAUGUUGUGUAUCAUCCAUCCUUUGUGGCACGUAAAAGAUCUUUUUCCUGACUUCCUUUUGGAGGUUCUAUCUAGGACGCUGACAGCGUAAAAAAAUGGUUUUGUUUGUCUUUAAAAAUGGUGACCAACUUUUUUCGAAUUGGCUACCACUAUGAAAAAUUUAGGAGCCAAGUGACUAUCAAAAAAAAAAAAUUAAUUUCAUGCCCUGGUAUGUGAGGGAUUUUGCUCAAUUAUUUUACAUGAAGUUAUAAUUUUGCUUUCUGAUUUAGUUAAGUGAGACUUCCUUUGGCCCAGGACAAGCAAGCAGCUUGGAUGACCACUUCUUAAGAAGGUACAUAAUCAUUACUUUUUGUUUUGUUUGUCUUUUUAUUGGCAGUUGCUAUUUUAGCCUGUAGUAUACAGACACCCCCUCUUUAAGGCAUCAUUGGGUAAAAUUUGUGGCUUAUUACCACAUUAUUGCCAACUAAUAUUGCUUAACUCUUUAACUCCCAGAAGUGAUUCAAAUGUAACUUCUCCCUGCAAUAUCCAUACAUUAUCUAGCAAACAGGUAAUGAGAAUACUCAAAUGCAUCAGGUAGAAGUUGUUAUCUUGAUCCCACACCAAAUUCUUGCAACUAAUUUAAAAGGAAAUGUGUAGCAGCUAGAGAAGAGAAUUAACAAUCAGAUCCUGGGAGGGUUAAAAUUCUUGAAAAUUCAACAAGUAAAGGGAUUCCUUUGCCUGUUGUGCUUGAAAUAAAGAAGAAAACUGGCUCCCCUGUUAUCUUUAUGCAUGCUUUUGCUUUUUCUUUGUGCUUUAUCAUACUGAAGCCUUUACUUGGAUGAUUUUUGUGAAUUUUUUACUUUUGUGGAGCUUUUUUUUUACCUUUUUUUCUGACUGGAAAACUUGUACUUGCAGCUUAAAUCAGGAAGUUGGCAAUGAUGAUUCUUGUUCCAGGACUCAAAAUAAUGGCUAGUCAACCAACAAUGUCUGUCGAAAUAUAGGUUUUGUCCAGAUUGGCAAACAUUUUGUUCAGUUGUUUAAGCAUGUAAAGAACAAUUUAAUUCCAAGCUUAGUUCAGGAUUUAAAUAUAGCUAUAUAAUUUUUUUCCCAGGUUUGAGUUUGAAGCUGGGUAUAGAAAAAAGAGCUUGACUGAUGUACUUGUUUUAUUAGAGAGGGGAGGGGGGGGGUUAUUAAGAUGUGCAGUAAUGGAUAUUUAUCCAGCCAAGAAUGGGUUGUGUCCAAGGAAAAACAGCUUUGACUGGACAACUUGAUCAGCACCAGCCAAGAAAUUAUUUUGGAUCUUUCUCAAGAGGAAUGGAGUUUUUUGCAGCUUUUGCUGUGCUCUGAAGUACAAGCAACAAUGUUAUAAUUGUGAAUCCUUUUUUAACUGUACUUGUGUGUUUUGUUUCGGCAGAGUCAUCACAUCUCACUUGCAAACAUUUGGAAGUACUCUUGUUGUAGGGAAAGCCUUGGAUAAGGUCAACUUGGUAUGCAACUGAUUUGAAACCUUAAGAAAUUUUUUUAAAAUUAUUUCGGUAGCAGGUAUUUAAGUGAAGCUUGGUUGUCUGAAUAUCUUUUCAUGAGGAAUAGUCAAUGAUCAGAAAUUGAAGCUAACCCUUUAUCUCCAGCGAUCCGAUUGUUAAUUCUCCCUUCUUGCUGCCACAAAUUUCCUUUUAAGUUACUAAUGAGAAGUUAGUAGAAGAACUUCUGCCUGAUAAGUUCAUUACCUGUUUGCAGGAUAAUUUCUGGAUAAUUAUUAUAGGAAGAUGUUACAUGUACAUGUGAAUUACUUCUGGGUGUUAAACAUUCUCAACAGAAUGCAGAUUAAAGAGUGAGAGAUCCCAUCCAUUUUUUUUUAACAAAAUGUAUUGUUUGAUUUCCCUUAAUUGUUUCAUUACAGAUGGUUAACACUUUGGCAUUGAUGCUUUCUCCUGAGGAGCGUAAACGGUCGCGGUAUGCAGUGGAUACAUUGGCUAAUGACAGCAGUGACUUUUAUGACUCUGACUUAUUUGUUCAAGGCUUGUUAAAGGUACUUGUUAUGACAGUAUGUUUGUACUGCUGGCAAUUUUGAAGGAAAUUUUACAUGAAAUCUUCUACUAAAGCAUUUAACUGACAGCCAUAUUCAUAUUUGUCUCAUUAGAAAUGCCAGUAUCUAUAUUCUCAAUUAAGUGUCAAAAAAACCAAAACUAAAGUAAUCCCAAUAACUAAUUAAAACAAACUAAGGUUUACAUUUUCAUUAACCAGUGAGGGCUCAAAGCAAAUUAAAUUAAAUGUUUCAAGCAUGGGAAAAUGGGAAUGACUAAGUCGUGAUUGCUUUUAGUUUUGCAUUUGAUUAAAUGAGAGGAUGGUCCAAGUCAUUGUUUCAUUGUUUCACAGGUUUAUUGCAAACCAAUGUAAUGACCAGCUCCCAGUUGGCUUGUCAGCUCGGUUGGUAGAGCACUGCACUGUUAUUGCAGAUUGUCAUGGGUUCAGGUCCUGUACAGGCCUGAAUUUUUUUUCAGGCCUUAUUUUCACUACUGCUUGAGUAGUGUUCAUUGCUGCAAAGGUCACUCCCAUAUACAUCUAAAGCCUUGUGGUGAAGUUCAUUGUGCCAAACAAAUGAUUUUCAGUUAGGAAUAAAUUCAAUUUUUUCCAUAAACGAAAGCCCAGAGGCCGUUAUUCAAAUAAACGUUUUCUACCUAGAAUAUAACUUAUAGGUAACUUAAUUGUUUCAUUUAGCACAAUAUAUACGAGUAUUACUGAACGUAAAGGACAAACCACUGUCAGUAAUUUGUUCUAUGUUAUAGUGCAUUCACAAUUUUUCUUUCUAUGCCUCAGAGUUCCAAAGAGUCGUUUAGCCUUCCAGUUAAAGGCAUAAUCACCAGUAGUCUGCCAAGUACUCUUGUUGACAUGGAUACCGGGGAGGUCAAACAGACUUGCCCUUUUAACGAACACAUCGUGAUUCGUAGAGAGUUUAUUGACAUCGAGUUAGCACUUUUGUCAGAAGAAGCAGAGGAUACGCCUGUUUUCCCGGAACUGUAAGUGCCGUACUAGAAUGUACAGUAGGUUGCCAUAGCGAAGUUUGUUGUAACUCGUACUUGUCAAUCAUAAGGUAGUUCAUGUUUCAGAGAGCCGGACUGCCGUGCGAGAGGUCGCGUGUUCAAGCCUCAGACCGGAUCAACACUCAGGGUCUUAACAUAUCUGAGGAAAAUGCGCGGCCUUUGCUACGACACCUGCACACGGUUAGACAUUCUAGUCUUCUCUGACAAGGACGAUAAACCGUAAGCGCCGUCUCCUGCAUCUUCACUAUACUGGUUAGCAGCAACACAGUUCUCGCAAAGAGUUGGGAACGUAGCUACCGGUGUUGUGGUCUGGCCUUGAUCCAAAAAUUGGGGAAAUCUGCAAACAUGCUCAUUUCAGUCUUACCAAAGUCCCCCCCCCGCAAAGUAUCUUAAAGCGCCAUUAGCUAAUAGAUAUGGCGCUAAAGAAAUCCGUCAUUACAUACAUCACUUACUUACUUGGCCAUUUUUCAAUAAAUUUACAAUUGAAGAAAUUUUGGAGUAAAGUAAUUUGAAAACCUUAAGUGAGAUGGCCGUUUUAAAAGGAUGUUUGUUGAUUGAGGAAUGACUGGAUUUGUCCAUCUACUUAGUAGUUAAGUUUACAUUUUUCAUCUCCUUCUUGUAGGGGUUUGCUUCAUUACUCGGAAGAAAUCGGCCUCUUAGUACAAACAUUUAUGCAUGAUGUAAGUACUCUGUGUAUUGAGAACACCUAUUCUUGUAUUAUACUUGGGUGGUGAACUUGCUAGGCUUCGACAGAAAAACACCAUGGAGUGUGUUUGGCCCGUGAAGAUUUAUGGGAAUUUCUGGAAUUCAUCGGCAGAGUUGAGUCAGCUGGAGUUCAUCCCGCUUGUCGUGGUAUGAAACGACUUAUAGUAUUACUACUCUCCUCUUAAUAGGAUGUCAGAUGGAAGUUCAUCGGUACCCAUUUAUACUCCUGGGUGGAGAGGGACAGCGAGUUGAGGACCCGGCCUGAUCUCGAACCCACACCUCUCGGCUUGGAGUCCAGCGCGCUAAUCUUAAGGCCACCAAAUCUCCACAACUUAACGGAAGCCUGGAAUGUAAUCUGAUUUGAACCAAAACCAUGAAUAUUCGUAAAACUCUUUGUCGCUUUACGCUACGGAAACCGAGCCAAGCCUUAAUGACAAGAAGAGCCCCUUUCCACAAAAUUUGCAAAAAUAAUUUGAUGAACACACUGUCACUGAUUGCUCAUUUUGUGCACAUGUUGCACGAUUCAUAUUUCCAUGAUCGUGUUUUCUCUUUCCUUCCAGAUCCAAAUUCUUCCAUACGUCUGUGGUGUUCGUGAAGGAUUCAUUGACAACUUCUUACGCCUUCUCGACCGAAAAGCCCUCGCUCUCAUCAAAUACGUAGAAACGCAAUCGUAAGUAUGGCCUCUCUGAUCCAAUAACUUCGCAGCCUCACGACAUGUGAACGACGGAAAGUUGUAACCCUGUCUUCAUUCAGUUAAAGACAAGCUUUGGAGCAAAUCAAUCUCCCGCAAAACUCGAUGUUAUGGCAUCAGUGUCAGUUUCUGAGAAGCUGCGCACUAACCCUUCUCUCCCCCAACCCAAUAUUAAUCCUAACUUGUUAUUGUUUGACUGUAAUUGUUUUAGGGGAGGGGUAGGCGCGCAUCAAUCUUGUUCUAAUCCCCCCCACGAAAAAGCCUGAAUCCAGAAAAUUCCUUUAACUGCGAGCAGAAAAUUCUCAACGAAGUUUGUUUGAGAAGGAUCCACCAAAUGAGUUCAGUUCAGGCAUUUGGAAUAGCGUCGGAACUGUGUAAAACUCCGUCUGUUAGAAAAUUCAUUAUCUCCCAAGUUUUCAAUAGCUCAGCUGAAAUAACCAGGAACUUUCCUAGGUCUUGUUAUGUGAACCGUUACCUUUGACCUUUUCUAAUCAUUCUCCAGGUCGCACGGUACAGUGCCACUUAAUGACGCGGCUAAGAGACAGUUACGUCAGGACCUACAGCUGGUUACCGAAGCUGAUUACUCCAUUGUGCUAACACGUGCAGAGAAAUUACAUCCGGGGAUUUACACGUUUCUUAAAGGCGAUCCCAGGCAAAACGCGGACCGUGUCCAAGCCCUUUUCGAGUCUUUUUGACGACCUUACGAAAAGAGAAGAAACUGGGGAGAAGUAACUCUGACCAAUAGCAAUUUAUCUUUCCAGCCUCGUUAUCAUGGACCCUUAAACGAGGUUUUAGUUGCUAUUGGCUUCAGCCAGUUUCUAAAUCUUUUAGGACACGCAGAUCACGCUUUUU